GGGAGGCGCGGCCGGAAAUGACGGCAGGCGCAUGCGCCGCGCGCCGAGGCCUGAGGGGGCGAUGAGCGCGGCCAGCGGGAGCGCCCUGGAGGCCGAGCCCAGCCCGGCGCCCGCGGUGGUGGUGGCCGCCGCCGCCCCCCCGGCCCCGCCGCCCCUGCCGCCGCCCGCGCCCGCCGCAGACGCCGCCGCCAAGGGGAGCCCCGGGGGGGCAGCGGCGGCGGCGGCGAUGGGGGCAGGGGGAGGCGGUGGGGGAGGAGGAGGAGCCGGAGCCGCCGCCGCUGCUGCCGCGCCGCCCGCCGAGGGCCCGUCCGCCUCCAACGGGGCCUUCGCGCCGCCCGGAGGGGCCCCCAACGGGGACGUCAAGCCCGCCGCCGCCUCCACCGCCGCCGGCCCCGGCGCCUCGCCCGCGCCCUCCAGCGCGCCCCUGGUGGACUUCCUCUUGCAGCUGGAGGACUACACGCCCACGAUCCCCGAUGCGGUCACCGGCUACUACUUGAACCGGGCGGGCUUCGAGGCGUCGGACCCGCGCAUCAUCCGCCUGAUCUCCCUGGCUGCCCAGAAGUUCAUCUCCGACAUUGCCAACGACGCCCUGCAGCACUGCAAGAUGAAGGGCACAGCCUCGGGGAGCUCCCGGAACAAGGCCAAGGACAAGAAGUACACACUGACCAUGGAGGACUUGGCCCCUGCGCUGGCCGAGUACGGAGUCAACGUCAAGAAACCUCACUACUUCACUUAGUCCCAGUGUGGCCACUGCGUCUCGUGGACUUCUGGCACUUUGUGCCCCCUCCCACACACACACACACACACACACACACACACACAUUGUGGUGCUGGUUGCUUUAACAUUAAAGCUCUUCUUUCUUGGG